CAGAUUUCGGAAGGUGACAAUGAAACAAGAAGUUACAUUUCUAAUUUGAUACUUGAAAGUUAGUGACUGCUUACCAAAUGUCCUUGAAAAUCAAAUAUGACUUAGAAGCAUUGACAUAUGAAGGUUUAUGAUGUCAUCGGUUUCGACAGAAAGCCAACUCCAGCAGGCUGUCAGCCUGCAGGGAGUAGACCCAGAAACAUGCAUGAUUGUAUUUAAAAACCACUGGGCACAGGUUGUGAAAAUCUUAGAGAAGCAUGACCCCUUGAAGAACACCCAGGCAAAAUAUGGGUUCAUCCCUCCAGAUGAGGCCAGUGCUGUGCAGAAUUAUGUAGAACACAUGCUCUUCUUGCUGAUUGAAGAGCAAGCCAAGGAUGCUGCAAUGGGGCCAAUUCUGGAGUUUGUGGUCUCUGAGAACAUCAUGGAGAAACUCUUCCUUUGGAGCUUGAGACGGGAAUUUACCGAUGAGACUAAAAUUGAGCAGCUGAAGAUGUAUGAGAUGUUGGUCACCCAGUCACACCAGCCUCUGCUGCACCACAAGCCCAUUCUGAAGCCCCUGAUGAUGUUGCUGAGCUCUUGUUCAGGAACAACCACCCCUGCUGUGGAGGGGAAGCUGGUGGUCCUGCUCAAUCAGCUCUGUUCCAUCCUUGCCAAAGAUCCAUCCAUUCUGGAACUCUUCUUCCACACUAGUGAGGACCAAGGGGCUGCCAAUUUCCUCAUCUUCUCCCUUCUGAUCCCUUUCAUUCACCGAGAGGGGACAGUAGGCCAGCAAGCUCGGGAUGCUUUGCUGUUCAUCAUGUCUCUUUCUGCCGAGAACAGUGUGGUAGCACAUCACAUCGUGGACAACACCUACUUUUGUCCAGUACUUGCAACUGGGCUCAGUGGUCUCUACUCUUCCCUGCCUACAAAGCUAGAAGAGAAGGGCGAGGAAUGGCACUGCCUUCUGAAGGACGACUGGCUUCUACUCCCUUCUCUUGUCCAGUUCAUGAACUCCCUAGAGUUUUGCAAUGCAGUCAUCCAGGUAGCUCACCCCUUGAUCCGCAGUCAGCUUGUCAAUUACAUUUACAAUGGAUUCUUGGUACCAGUCUUGGCUCCUGCUCUCCAUAAGGUGACUGUGGAGGAGGUCAUGACCACAACUGCAUAUCUGGACCUUUUCCUGCGUAGCAUCUCCGAGCCAGCACUACUUGAGAUCUUCCUCCGUUUUAUCCUAUUGCACCAGCAUGAGAAUGUCCACAUUCUAGACACACUUACAAGCCGAAUCAACACCCCAUUUCGGCUUUGUGUGGUGUCCCUGGCAUUAUUCAGAACUCUCAUUGGUUUACAUUGUGAAGAUGUGAUGUUGCAACUAGUUCUAAGGUAUCUGAUCCCCUGCAACCACAUGAUGCUGAGUCAGAGGUGCGCUGUGAAGGAGAGAGACUGUUACUCUGUUUCUGCGGCCAAGCUGCUUGCCUUGACCCCUGUCUGCUGCUCCAGUGGGAUCACGCUGACACUUGGGAACCAGGAGAGGGAUUAUAUCCUCUGGUCAAAGUGUACACAUGAUAGUUCAGGGCCCACGGAGCCACCACUGCCCGAGGCGACGUCGCCGUCGGCCUGCAUCGUGGAGUAUGGGAGGGCGCUGGACAUCAGCUACCUGCAGUACCUGUGGGAGGCACACAGCAGCAUCCUGCGCUGCAUGAGGGACUGCCGCGUCUGGUCUGCGCUGUACGACGGAGACUCCCCCGACCCCGAGGCGCUUCUCCAGAGUCAGACAGAGGAGGGCACCGGGAGCUCAGUCUACCCCGUGCUCAGGCUCCCGCAGCAGCUUCACAGGAAGACUGGACCUCGGCUGGCUCCGAGGAGGGACAAGAGCCAGACAGAGCUGGAAUGGGAUGACAGCUACGACACUGGGAUCUCCUCUGGGGCUGACGUGGCCUCUCCUGGGCCUUACGACGAUGUGGAGACUUCGGGUCCCCUGGUGACCAUUGACCCCCCCAAACACAUCCAAGAGAUGAAGAAAAAUGCCAUCCUGCUCUUCAAAGGGCCCUACAUCGAAGAAUCAGACUUUCAGGACGACGUGAUGGUGUACAGGCUAUGUGCUGAGAAGGACUCUGAAGACACCAGGGACUCACGGGAGGAAAAUGCAAGGCCACCUGCCGAAGCCCAGACCGAGGCUCAGAGUCCCCCCGUGAACAACGGCCCCCUUCCCGGUCCCCAGCCGGAGACAGGUAUGGAAGAGGAGCAUAGUAGGGAUAAUUCAGACCUGUUUCAAAAUGUAUCCGAGGAACCAAAGCGAGAGGAUGAGCCUGCAGUGGCCCAGGAAUCGGGCUCAGAGUUAACACCCCCUGUCUCCGAUGCAGAGCACAGUUCAAACCUAAUCAUGAUUAACCCAGAGAGCACAGAUUUCAUUGCCCAGUAUGACCAAAUCAUUAAGGAACUGGAUUCUGGUCCCGAGGGCUUGAUAGAACAGAAUUUCUCCCCACCGGAUCCCUUGCUUCUCACAGAGGAAGAAAUGAAGGAAGAAGACUGCAAAGGAGAAAAGGAGAAGAAAGAACUAGAAGAGGAGGAGGAUGACUUUGACUCUUUCAUAGCAGAAACUCCUGUUGUAGAGACCGUGCCUUCCCCAUUCGGGGUGAGAGAUGAGGCUGCCUUUGCCAGCCACCAUCCCGUGAGGACUCAGGGUACCCCGUUCACAGGCCCAUUCAUCAGCGUGGUCCUGUCGAAGCUGGAGAACAUGCUGGAGAACUCUUUGCAUGUUAAUUUGCUGCUUAUUGGGAUCAUUACUCAGCUAGCUAGCUAUCCCCAACCACUCCUGCGCUCCUUUCUGCUCAACACCAACAUGGUCUUCCAGCCCAGUGUACGCUCUCUCUACCAGGUUCUUGCAUCUGUGAAAAACAAGAUUGAACAGUUUGCUUCUGUGGAGAGAGACUUCCCAGGUCUCCUCAUACAAGCCCAGCAAUACCUGCUCUUCCGAGUGGACAUGUCCGAUAUGACCCCGGAGGCACUAACCAAAGAUCCUGCUCAGGAGGCUUCUAGGACAGGAAGUAGCAAGAACCUUUUGGAUGGUCCUCCAAGAGUGCUUCAGCCCUUCCUGACAAACAGAGCCAAGGUGGCCGGGGCCCCCCCAAACCUGCCCCUGCCGGUGAGGAACACCAUGCUGGCUGCUGCCCUGUUCCCGGAGUUUCUGAAGGAACUGGCUGCCUUGGCCCAGGAACACUCCAUUCUGUGCUACAAGAUCCUGGGUGACUUUGAGGACUCCUGUUGUUAG